UUGCUUCUCCCCUCAUACUUUGACAGUGAAUGAUAUCCUGAGAAAAGACGAGCAACUUUACCUGUGUUCCUCAGCCGGAGCGGCAUGGGCUCCACCGGGAAGGAAGCGGCGGCUACGGCGGCGGCGGCGACCGCGCAGCCGCAGAUGAAGCUGCUGGUGGACAAGCGGUCGCGGCGGGUGCUGUACGCGGAGGCGCGCAAGGACGCGGUGGACUUCCUCAUCGGCCUCCUCCGCGUGCCCGCGGGCCUCGCCGCGCGCGUCAUCGCAAACAACUCCAAGCACGCCGCUGGCGCCGCGCCCGUCGCGCCCCCGGGCUCCCUGGGCACGCUCUACGCGGGCGCGCGCGCCCUCGAGGACGCCUUCUUCGUGGCCGCGGCGCCCGACCGCGACGCGAUCCUCUGCCCCUCGCUCCCCUCCGCGGCGCUCCCGCUGCUCCUCGCCGCCGACCCAUCCGCACCGGCGCCUGCACCGGCACCAGCCCCUCCGCCGCCCGCUCCUGCGAAGCGCUACUUCCGGUGCGCCGGCCCGUACGGGACAAACUGCCGCGGGAACCCGACGAGCGUGACGGACGUGGCCGGGCUGCCGUGCCCGGUGUGCCGGCAGCCGAUGACGGUGGAGAUGCGGUGGAGCCCCGGCGACGCGCACGGCAAGCUGGCGCAGGCCGCAGCGCAGGAGGCGGCUACGGCGGCCAGCGAGGGCGGAGGGGGGUAUGUGAAGGGGGUGGUGAGCUACCUGGUGAUGGACGACCUGACGGUGGCGCCCAUGUCCACCAUCUCCGCCAUCAUGCUGCUCAAGAAGUUCAAGGUCGCCGACUGCUCCGCGCUGGAGGAGCUCACCGUCGACCUCGGCCCCAGGGAGGCCGUGCUGCUGCUCAAGGCCGCGCUCGAGUCCACCACGGCGCUCACCGACGUCUUCUGCGGCGGCGUCUCCAUCGAUAGGAUCGACUGAGGGGGCGAGAGGGUGAUGAUAAACGCCUGAAUUGCAACUGUGUCAGGUUAAACUACAGAAAGCAACGUGUAUUGCGGAUCGACUGCGUGUAUGAUUAAUUCAAACUACUAAUUCAUCGGGGAAUGUUAAGUAGAA